UAGUUGAUUCAGUCAGUCACUCACACCGUCUCCGGGGCUCUCGCGUCGUCUUUGUGAAGUGGAGCGAGCGAGCGAGCGAGAGGAGCGCCGUAAACACGAGGUUUGGAGAAACAAUACGCGGAUUUGCCACUGACGUCCUGGCUGAAAAUCACCGCUUAAGGAGGGGUCAGUGAGGGGCCGAGAGUGAGGAAUACAUGAAGGGCAGGGUGGGGGAGGGGGCGGCGACCACAACGGCGGUACCACCAAGGUCAAAGUUCACACAGAGUAAAGAAGCUUUAAUGGCGUCUCGGUAGAAACAUCAAGAUGAACACGUUACCAUCCAUGGACCGGCACAUCCAGCAGACCAAUGACAGGCUGCAGUGCAUCAAACAGCACUUACAGAACCCGGCCAACUUCCACUCAGCAGCCACAGAGCUGCUCGACUGGUGUGGAGAUCCCCGGGCCUUCCAGCGACCUUUCGAGCAAAGUCUCAUGGGAUGUCUGACGGUGGUGAGUCGGGUGGCUGCUCAGCAGGGGUUUGACUUGGACCUGGGCUACAGGUUGCUGGCUGUGUGUGCCGCGAACAGGGACAAAUUCACUCCCAAGUCCGCAGAAACCAACACCUGCAGGAGAUGUCAGAGUGACUCAGCCCUGCUGUCGUCGUGGUGCGAGGAGCUGGGUCGUCUCCUCCUGCUGCGUCACCAGAAGAACAGGCAGAACGAACCGCAGGGAAAAGUCCCCAUGCAGCCCAGCAUGAACAGCAUGAAGCCCGGCCUCACACACAGUGAUGGAUCAUUUCCCUAUGACUCUGUCCCCUGGCAACAAAACACCAACCAGCCCCCUGGGUCAUUGUCUGUGGUUACAACAGUGUGGGGUGUGACCAAUACGUCACAGAGUCAGGUGCUAGGUAACCCAAUGGUGAAUAGCAAUAACCCCAUGAAUCCUGGAGGUAACCCAAUGGGAUCAGGUAUGUCUGCCAGCGCAGCAGGACUCAACUCACCUCAGUACAAUGCUCAGCAGCAACAGUUUCCAAACAAGGGAGGCUCCAACCAACCGUACAUGCAGCAGGGCAUGUACGGCAGGCCUGGCUACCCUGGAGGUCCUGGGGGAUACAGCGGGAGUUAUUCUGGAGGCCCAAAUGCUCCUCCAGGAGGUAUGGGAAUGACCUCUCACACACGUCCUCCUGGUGACUUCACUCAGCCAGCCGCCGCUGCUGCAGCUGCUGCUGUCGCUGCCGCUGCUGCUACGGCAACGGCCACAGCAACGGCCACGGUGGCAGCUCUGCAGGAAACCCAGAAUAAAGACAUGAACCAGUAUGGACAGAUGUGUUCAUCGUUCCAAAUGGGCCCCGCUCAGGCCUACAACAGCCAGUUCAUGAACCAGCCAGGCCCACGAGGCCCCCCUGGAGGUAUGAAUCCAGCCAGCAUGGGAUCAGCCAUGAACAACCCUAAUAUGAGUGGGCCUCCCAUGGGAAUGAACCAGGCUCGAACCCCAGGCAUGGGGCCUUUUGGAGCUCACGGCCAAAGGAUGCCUCAGCAAGGGUAUCCCGGAGGACCUCGACAGGGCAUGCCCAUGCAGGGGAUAAAGAGGCCAUAUCCUGGAGAGGCAAGUUACGGGGGGCAGCCGUACGGGCCAAACAGUCAGUUCCCACCACAGCAGGGGCAGUACCCCACAUCCAACGCCUCCAGGCCGCUGCCAUCUCCUAACUACCCCGGCCAGAGGAUGCCAGGGCAGCAGGGUCAAGGACAGUACCCACCUGGCAUGCCCAUGGGCCAGUACUACAAGCAAGAACCCUUCAAUGGUCAGAGCACCAACUUCUCCGGAGGUGGAUACUCCUACGGCCAAGGAAAUGGGCCCCCCAGGCCAGGCAACUACCCACAUUCCCCGGUCCCUGGAAACCCUACACCCCCUAUGACCCCAGGAAGUGGUAUUCCUCCGUACCUGUCGCCAAACCAGGAUGUGAAGCCCCCGUUUCCACCCGACAUGAAACCAAAUAUGACAGCACUACCGCCCCCUCCAUCAAAUUCCAAUGAAGAGCUGCGGCUGACAUUCCCAGUCAGGGAUGGAGUGGUGCUGGAGCCGUUCCGCUUGGAGCACAACCUGGCUGUCAGUAACCACGUCUUCCACCUUCGACCCUCCGUCCAUCAGACCCUCAUGUGGAGGUCAGACCUUGAACUGCAGUUUAAGUGCUACCACCAUGAAGACAGGCAGAUGAACACCAACUGGCCCGCCUCCGUCCAAGUCAGUGUCAACGCCACGCCCCUCACCAUCGAGAGGGGAGACAACAAAACCUCCCACAAACCCCUGCACCUGAAGCACGUAUGCCAACCUGGAAGGAACACCAUCCAGAUUACAGUCACCGCCUGCUGUUGUUCCCACCUGUUUGUGCUGCAGCUGGUCCACAGGCCAUCUGUGCGGUCCGUCCUCCAGGGGCUCCUGAAGAAAAGACUCCUUCCUGCAGAACACUGCAUCACCAAGAUUAAGAGGAACUUCAGCAGUGUGGCGGCGUCGGCAGGAAACGCUACUCUUAACGGGGAAGACGGUGUAGAGCAGACGGCUAUUAAAGUGUCGCUAAAAUGUCCCAUUACCUUCCGACGCAUCCAGCUACCGGCUCGAGGGCAUGAUUGCAAACAUGUCCAGUGUUUUGAUCUAGAGUCAUACUUGCAGCUCAACUGUGAGAGGGGGACAUGGAGGUGUCCUGUGUGCAAUAAAACAGCAUUAUUAGAAGGCCUGGAGGUGGACCAGUACAUGUGGGGAAUCCUAAAUGCCAUCCAAAAUUCAGAGUUUGAGGAGGUCACUAUAGACCCUACAUGUAGCUGGAGACCUGUUCCCAUAAAGUCUGAGGUACACAUCAAAGAGGACCCUGACGGACCACUUGCCAAGCGCUUUAAGACCAUGAGCCCCAGUCAGAUGACCAUGCCCAAUGUGAUGGAGAUGAUUGCCCAGCUAGGGCCUGGCCCAGGACCUGGCCAUGGCCCUGGACCAGGUCCCAGCCCCUACCCCCCACACCCUAGUCAACAUGCUAGUGGCAACGGGGGAGAUUACCCUGGAGCAGGCAACAGUUACCACAGCCAGGGGAACUUUGACUUCCCUCACGGGAACCCCUCUGGUGGUGGAGGAGGUCCCCCUAUGAAUGACUUCAUCCACGGCCCCCAGCUCUCCCACCCCCCAGAUGGACCUGGUGGAAUCCUCUCCCAGGACAAGCCGCUUCACCACGGCAUGAAUGAUGCAAUGUCCCAUCCCGAUCAGUCCCAUAACUCCAUGCAGCAGAUCUUGCAUGCGUCUCCCCACCCUGGCAGCCAAACAGGGCCGCCCUUGCAUCACAGUGGCCAGUCAGGGCCGCCCUUGCAUCACAGUGGCCAGUCAGGGCCGCCCUUGCAUCACAGUGGCCAGUCAGUGCAGCCCUUGCAUCACAGUGGCCAGUCAUCGCAGCCGUCUCGCCAGUCGCAGCCUCAGCAGCAGCCUCAGCAGCAGCCUCAGCAGCCUGGGCAGAACAGUCACCCCCACAGCGAUCUGAACUUUAACCCCUCCUCAGACGGCCAGAUGGGUCAGGGAGCCCAGGAUAUGCCCGAACCCUCCCUGGAUCUGCUUCCAGAGCUGGCCAACCCAGAUGAGUUACUAUCAUACCUGGACCCCCCCGACCUUCCCGCCAACAGCAACGACGACCUUCUCUCUCUCUUCGAGAACAACUAGCCCUUCGCCUCCCCAACAAACCCUCCUGCACCUACAGGAGUCGUCAUGAUUGUGUUUGACUGUCCGUCCACAGGCACUUCACUGACACUUCAAGCAGCUACCUAUGCUCGCACACACACACACAUACACAGUCUCUUGACAGAUAAUGUGUGGCAUAGGAGCACGGCUGAAAUGAGGCACCUGUUUGAGGACUCCAAGAGAGAAAGCAGGAACGCCACACGUCCCCCACACUCCCUUUUUUCCUCGUGUAAAGAUUCCACGCACCAGUUCCACCGCCUGACUCGAAACACACCAUUUACAGCCAUGUAGGCGGGCACUAAAGUGAUAUUAUGUAUAUACAUAUAUGAUAUUUGUGACUUUUCAACUGAAAACUGUGCAGCUAUAAUCAUCAUGUGUAAACAACACGGAGGAGAGGCAGAGAAGUGUUGUAGCUUUGUUUUUUUUUAUUAUAAUUUUCCAUUUGUGAAAAAAACAUUGUCUUGUAAGAGUUUUUAACCUAUUUGAAAUGUGUUCUUCCAAAACUUUGGUACAUGCCAUGCCCUUUGACCCUCAGAUGUCUCUGUGUGUGUGUGUGUGUGUGUGUGUGUGUGUGUGUGUGUGUGUGUGACAGUUGAAUUACUGGAACUCAUCAGAAUCAGAGUGCUGAAAGGACAAGCUAAAAUGUCCUCCAGUAUCAACAGAGGAAACGAGCGCACGUUGUGCAAUGUAGUGUGUGUGUAUAUAUACGUGUGUGUGUGUGUGUGUGUGUGCGUGUGUGUGUGUGUGUGUGUGUUUACGUGUCCUCAUUUGUUUGCCUGCGAGCGUGUGUGAAAGACAGCGGGGGAGCGAAAGUUUGAGACGGAGGAGGGAAGAAAAAUAUUGAAUGGAAGAAACAUAAAACAAUCCACUUCAAGAGCUGUCUCAGUUCUUCUCCAGCCAGUCCGCAGUUCUUCUUGUGUAUUUAUUGUAAUGUUUCACUCUUCCUCAUCAGAUUCAGCACCGUUUUGUGCAUGUGUGCCAAUGGCUCCUGUUGUCUUUGUCCAGCCUAAACUGCUUGAUCAAAUCAUUUUCUAUCAUCUUUAUAUUUAUUAUUUUAUUUCAAACCCAUCGUUUUUUUAAUUAUUGUUGUCCUCUUUCAUGUGUUUUAUUUUUAUAUUUUUUUUAUUCUUUGUCCCACAUUGAAAAUAAUCAGAUACACAUCACCAAAGUUGUCCUAUGCUUUUUGUAAGGGGUUUUGCCUGGAUAUUAUGUUGGUGUAAGAGCAGGAUUUCAACAUGCAACAGAUGUCUGCAGAAGUUUUUAAAUCACUGUAUUUUAUAGAAACAUCUGUGUGAUUGUACUGAUCUUUCCUUUUGUCGUUUUGUUACUGUUGAACUGCAUCUUUUUUGGGGAAAACAUCCUGCAUGAUCCAACAGUGUUUCCAGAGCUGUUGUAUAUACCCUUUGUGAAUACUUUGUACUGUACCUAUUUUACUGGGAACUACACGGUACUGUAUGUCUGUCAAGGACUACACACACUCACAAACUGACACAGAAUCCCUUAUAACCAGUCCAAUAUUGUAAUGAAUUGAUCCAAAUGCACUCUCUGGCCUUGUAUUGAGUACCUGUGUAUUGUGUACAGUUUUUCCAUUACCCUGUGACAUUGCGUCAGUGAAAAUGAAUAUUUGAAUUGCUCAGCUGGCAAGUUUUAAGAGUUUCCCCCCUUUUAUUUAUAUAUAUAUAUAUAUAUAUAUAUAUAUAUAUAUAUCAAGGAGCUUUAAACAAGCUGGGGGGAGUUUCUGUCUAAAAGAUUGUUGCUUAGAGGUCCAAAUUUCUCUAAAAAUGAUUUGUUUAAUAUUAUUGGAACAAGUGACCUCGUCCUUUAUUUAAAGUGAGAAUGUGCAAAAUGUCCUCUAGAUUGUUUUUAGGCCUGGUGAUGAGCUUUUGAUUACCAUACUUAGCAAAAAUAUGUGAACCUGAUUUGUGUAUUUUCAUCACAUUUUAUAUUGUUUCAAGUUUUAAGUUAUUAUUUUUGUCCCAUGUUUUUAUGACAGGUAUAAUUUGGUUUACACAGUUUUAUGCAGUACAGUCAUUGAAUUUAAAAUAUACUGUAUGUCGUUGGAUACAAGUUCCCCCAUUUGAGAGUUGUAAUCUGUUUAAAGAACCAAAUAUGGCUUUACUGAUCUUCAAAAUAGAUCAAAUCGCCUGCAUAUAACACAAUUGAAGGAUCAGAUGUUGUUUGUGUUUGUUUCUAUGUUUGUGAAAGACAAUGCACUGCCGCAUUGGGAUGUUUUAUCUCCCUACAAAAGGUGUAACCAUAACCUUUCACAAAAUCACGUCUAGUAAUCUGAGAAACACAAAUUCUACUGUCUGAUUGCAGACACCGGAAAUUGAGUUGAGGAUUUAAAAGAGAAUGCAAUUAAUAUUGUAAAAUGAAUUUUGCAUUACAUGGGGAGGUUGUGGCAGAGGGUUGGGGUUGGGGAUGUAAGGGAUACAUGUAUAUAAUGUAAAUGACAAAUAGAGACACAUUAACAGAAAUGUAUUCAUUUUCUCCAGGGGGAGUGUGCAUAGUGUAUUUAGAAUUUGUAAAGCUUCCAUCCUCCUGUCAGACAUUGAAUUGGCAAAAUGAGUCUGUGUUCGAUUGCGUCUGUGCAGACCUCUCUAACCACGCCUGUUCAUUAAUGUAAGAUACUUUAUGUACCCCUCCACGUGGGGUUUCCGAGAAAAAAAAGACAUUUUCCUUUGUGUAAUAUUAAACUUCUGUGUAUUUCUCUA